UUUAUCCGCACCGCUGGACGGCCUAUAUGCGUAUAUUCCGGGGUCCUCUGAUGCUUCAGGACGCCUGGCCGCCCGAAAUCUAUCUGUCCAGUGUGGCGGCCACUGUUCAAACGCCUUGGAGUUCUUGGCAGAGCGUGCCUAGCCCUCUUCACGCGGCUGUCACGAUGUUGCAGGCCGGUCAAGUUCCACCGACCCAGGACUUAUCUGGCGCUCCGAGAGACUCCCCACAUGAGAUAAGGUACUAUUCCUGGACGAGAUAGUUCCUCCGCCACCGUUAUACUAAAGGGCCAGCUCACCAUCGGGGCGACCGUGCGCACGCUCUCCUUGCCCCGCCCCGUCCACCGACCAUGUCGAACAAGGACAAGGACUCCGUCGACCCCAAGCACGGCGUCAACCCUGUUGGCGCCGUCACACCGAGCUACGACGAUGAAGAGAAGUUCGAGAAGGAGUUGGGCUACUCGACGGAGGGUCCCACGACCGCCUCCGACGACGACCUUGCUCUCAAGCAGGCCACCGAGCUCGCCGAGCGUCUGCAAGCCGGUCAAGCGUCUGAGCAGGAGUACAAGAUUGAGAAUGCGCACGAUAUUGCCAUCAAGGUCUUGAGCACCCGCGACGACUACGAGCUCCCGGUCAUCACCUUCCGUAUGCUCUUCCUCGGUUUAGGCUUCUCUGCCUUCGGCUCCGUCCUGGCCCAGCUGUACUACUUCAAGCCCCAGACUUUGUCGGUCUCUCAGGGCUUCCUGCUCAUCAUGAUCUACUUCGUCGGCAAGGCUUGGGAGAAGAUCAUCCCUCGAUGGGGUCCUCUGAGGUACAUCAACCCGGGCAAGUUCAACAUCAAGGAGCACGCUGCCGCAUACAUCAUGGCCUACACCGCCAGUGGCUCCGCCACCGCCAUCCAGGUCAUCUCCGUGCAGGACUUGUACUACGGCAACGAGGUCAACCCGGGCAUCGCUAUCUUCACCCUACUCGCCUCUCAGCUCGUCGGCUACUCCUUCGCCGGCCUCCUACAGGAGGCGCUCGUCUACCCAUCCAUCACCUUCUGGCCGACGACCAUCGUGCCGGCGAACAUGUUCCAGGCGCUGCACUUCGACGGCGGCCUGGGGUCGAAGCGCACGCGCAUGUUCUGGACGGUCUUCGCGGCUAUCUUCUGCUGGGAGAUCUUCCCGCAGUGGAUUUUCCCGUUGCUCACGGGUGUCAGCAUCUUCUGCCUCAUCGACCAGUCGCACGAGGUCAUGCGCAACAUCUUCGGCGGUGUGAGCAACAACGAGGGCAUGGGUCUUUUCGCCGUCUGCUUCGACUGGAACCUCAUCGGGUCUGCCUGUCUGUACACCCCGCUUUGGACGCAGCUGAACGAGGAUAUCGGUAUUUGCUUUACCUAUAUCUUGAUGUGCGCCGUCUACUACGGUAACAUCUGGAGGGCGAAGCAGUUCCCCUUCAUGUCCCAGGCCCUCUUCGACGAGACCGGCGAGGAGUACAACCAGUCCGCUAUCCUCACCGAUGGCAAGUUUGACCCUGUCAAGUACGAGGAUGUCGGCCCGGCCUUCUACUCCGCGACCAACGCGCUCGGCCUCAUCACCAGCAACCUUGCCAUGGGUGCUACGGCGGUACACGUCUUCCUCUUCUACUGGAACGACAUCAAGCCUUUCGUCAUGUCCUUCAACCCUUGGAACAAGGGACACGCUAUUGUCCACGAUGAACACUUCACGGCGAUGAAGCGCUACAAGAGGAUUCCGAAGUGGUGGUGGUUCACGCUUCUUGCGUGCGCCUACGCUAUGGCGCAGGCCACCGACUACACUGGCCACUCGCAUUUCUCCUGGUGGGCGCUCACGGUUAUCCUGAUUAUCUCGUUGUUCUUCACUACUGUAUACUGCACGACAUCUGCCCUCCUCGGCUUCAAGGAGUUCGGCGGUCAGCUCGAUGGCUUUUACCAGAUGAUUGGCUCGUACAUGGUCCCCGGCGAUCCCGUCGCGAACAUGUACGCCGCCCUCUAUGGCGGCCAGCCCACUGUCCAGGGCAUCAAGCUCCUCGGCGACCUCAAGCUCGGCCAGUACAUCAAGAUCCCUCCCCGCGUCAACUUCCUCGUCCAGAUCCUCGGCUGCAUCGUCGGCGCGCUGCUCAACUACGUGAUGAUGCUCUCCAUCAUCAAGAACCAGCGCGAGGACCUACUCUCGCUCUCCGGCACACGCCUGUGGUCCGGGCAGAACGCCCAGAGCUACAACUUCAACGCGAUUGCGUGGGGCGCGCUCGGUCGCGAGAUGUUCUCGCCGGGCAAGACGUACUACAUGGUCCCUGUCGCGCUCGCUAUUGGCGCGGUCCUCCCCAUCCCUGGGUACAUCCUGCACCGGAAGUACCCCAACAACGUGUUCUUCGCCAACAUCAACACCGGUAUCAUCGUCCAAUACGCGUGCUACCUCUCGGUCGGCAUCAACACGUCUGUGAAUACCACGAUGACCCUCGGCAUCCUGUCCCAGUGGUGGAUCCGUCGCAAGUACCCGCGCUGGUUCACGAAGUACAACUACAUCGUUGCUGGCGCGCUCGAUGGUGGCACUCAGGUCAUUUCCUUCAUCCUCAACCUCGCGGUCUUCGGUGCCGUGGGCGAAGGCCACCUGUUCCCCGAAUGGUGGGGCAACGAUCUUAAAUAUUCUGCCGAUAGGUGUAAGGCGCCGGCGUAGAACUGUAGAAUAGGUCUUCUUUUGUACUUGGGUCUUCCUUUGUAUUCAGUCACUUUGCUGCUUUACUUGGUACGAUGGCCUAUGUCUGCU